AUGACUACAGGGCAUGACGAGUGCGGCAUGCGCGCGCCGGCCGCCGACGCCAGCGUGCCCCCGCACCUGCGCUACAACACCGAGGCCGCCCGGCUCCGCACCUUCAAACACUGGCCCAAGAGCAUGAAGCAGAAGCCCGAGGAGUUCGCCGAGGCCGGCUUCUACUACACCGGCCAGAGCGACAAGACCAAGUGCUUCUACUGCGACGGAGGACUCAAGGACUGGGAGAAGGACGAAGUCCCGUGGGAGCAACACGCGCGUUGGUUCGACCGGUGCGCGUACGUUCAGCUCGUCAAGGGAGGAGAUUACGUCCAGAAGGUCAUAUCGAAGACGUGCGUCGUCCCCAAAACGAGAGGGGGGGAGGAUGAGGUGGACUCCGUGGUGGCUCCGGCGCUGCGGGAAGCGCAGCCCCGCCGUCCUGGCGUAGAAAAGUGCGGCACCAACGCUCGCCUCCGCAGCUUCGGCUCACUCGGUGCCUGCACUUUCUUACGGCAGGCGGGGGCUGCCCUCCCUCCGCGCCUCCGGCGCGGCACCCUACCGCUGCGCGCGAGGCUGCCCGCCUCCGCGCCGGGCGCCGGGCCCGAGCACCGCUCCCCGAUAUGA